AUGCUAUUUGGACCAAUUCUGGAAAAACUCGCCACAUUUGCCUGCUCCAUUGACGAAAAUGUUGACAAGGCAUUUUUGGAGACGGUUUUGGAAACCUUUUUUGACGUAUUACGAUCCAAUCCAUUGUCCAAGCGCGAUAAACUUAACGGCUUGAGCAUUCUUGUUCGUAUUUGGUCAAAGCUCACAUACACCCCGGAACCGUUGGUACGUUGCAUCUACAGAACGCUACGGGGAAAUCUGGGAGAAGAGCCGCCUAUUUUGGAUGCAAGUAAAUUGGCCUCGUUUUCUGGAAAAGACCCCCUUGAUCCAUAUACCCUUGAGCCCUUUUUGGUUGACUUUUCGUUUGGAAUUGAAUGCCAUCCGCUGCUUUUCAUGCUUACAUUCCAGGUGAUUAGUUUUCUCGACAAGCUGCCGAAACACAGGGCCAUCGCCAGAGACGCGGCGCCACUAUUGAAAAUCCUGAUGCUUUUGCCAAAUUUGGCUCUUGCAGAAAAGGAAGGGUUCCUUCCCCAGUGUUUACCUGGCGUAAUCUCUUCAGUCUCAAAGUGGCUUCAAAAGGAUUGCAUUGCCUCCAAUCCAUCAGAGAUUACCACAUUAUCGAUCAAGGUGUUUGAGGUAUGGAUCUUCCACACCUUAUCUGACGAGGUCUAUAAGGCCAUUUCCCCAGAUGCCUGCCAGGCAGCGGUCUGUGAUGCAGACGCGAAGCCAGCUAGGACGCCCUUUUUGAACUCGCUUCCCAAGGUCAUCAGAAAGGAUUUGCAUUGGUUCGAAAAUUGCCAGCGCAAAAUACUUCCGCUGUUGUCCACGCUUAUGUCGAUCCUCAACAAAAUGUGCUUUGUUUUUGGCCAUUUACUUGUGUCCGUUGUCACUCUUCUGCUGACAUGCCCCACCAUGUUGCUUCCGUUGCGGAGCCAAAUUCUGAUUAGGGCCUUUUUGGUUUCUGGGUGCCCCUCAACCUUUUCCUGUUUGCUGUUUUCUCGGCUUGCAGUUUUUUCUAAAGAUUUAGAAAACAUCUUGCACGCACACGUGAGAGAUCUCGAUGCAAUUUUUGACGACGAUUCCUCGCUUGGUUGUUCCCUUGAAACGCUUGUUGGCGAAAAGUUGCAAGUUAUCCAUUCAGUGAUCACUAUUGAGCCAUUAGUUUCCACUGGUGUGAUUGCUGACAUUGUCAACAUUUUCCAAAAACAUUGCUGUUUGUUCUACGAUUCCAGAGUUGAUGCGAUCCGGAUUUGUGUCAAGGCGUCCAGUUUUUACACGUUUCCAGACCUUUCCCGACUGGUUGGGGUGAUUUUCACCAAAAUCAUGUGCUUUAAAGAUCGCAUGUGUUUUGAUUUUUCCUCCCCUUUGAUAUGGUACUUGAUUUCAUGCGAGAAAAAUGCUGCGCUCAUCAACAAGUGCUUUCGACGCAUUUGCAGGGAUUUCGACCGGAUUUUCGAGAUGGAUUUGAAAAAGCUGUCCUCAGAUGUUCCCAUUUUCUCGCUGGAGUCACCAAAGAUAAAAUCGCGCGACAUCAAAAUCCCCAUCGCCCCUGUUUGUAGAGCAGAAACUCUUUUAAACAUUUCUUCGCUAUCCAUUGGCACAAGCACGUCUUGUUGGUGCAAUCACCAAUGUAACAAUAUUGUGGCGGCGCUGAACGUAUUUUCCCAAAUGGAAGAUGAGGUUUUGUGCAAAUCCGACGUGCUGUUUUGUUUGAUCCCGAAGCUUUUGCAAUUUUGGGGCAGUCCCAGCUACUUUGAGAGUGCAUACAAAGAUAUCCUUGCCUCGCUUUCGUUUUCCAUUUUGGGAAAGCUUUCCAGGUUUAGCAAUUUUUCCUGCGAUAUCGAGGGCAUUUCUUUAUUUCUUUCCAAAAACACCCACUUUUUGCUCAGUUCCGUCUUCCUAAGCGAAAGUUGCCAAGACGAGUUGCCCGAAGAUGUUCUGAUCGCCAAAAUGAUGCACAUUUCCAGCAUAUUGAGGCCUUUAUUUUCGUCGCACAUUUGUAUUUAUGAGAUUGUGCUCCCCAAUAUCCCAUUGCUCGAUAAGGUCCUUUCAAUUCUGGAGGACCAUCAACAUCAUUCUGCGGUGGUUACCGAGUUCCUUGACAUCAUUUGGACACUAUCCAAUUCUUCGGUAUUUAAGCGAGAGGGGCCUGUUGAAGCCCAAUUGGCCGCAAAUGAGUGCACUUUAUUUUCAACGGAGACCGUGCAGGCAUUGAGGCAAUCAUUUACAAAUGCCAAUUCAGCAAGCCUUGAGGUUUCUCCAUCUGACCUGCAAAAACAAGUCUCCACUGAUGCAGAUGCAGAUUUUUGUUCUGAACAAUCAAGGAGAGUCGAUAGGUUUAUUAUGCUCGUCUUGCCCGUAGUAUCUCAAUUUCUUUGCAGUGACCACUGUCAAAUAAGACUCGUAGCAUUUAAGAUUGUAACCAACCUUUUUGGCUAUUUUGCCAUUGCUUAUGGGGCAAAAAGAUGCCAAGGUUGUUCGCCCUUUGACCUUCCAUAUUCAAAGGAGCUAUUUCCGCUGCUGCAUUCGACAAUUUGGCCUCCGCUGCUUGCAUCCUUGAAGCAUGCAGAUGACGCAUCUCUUUUCAUAGCGGCUCUGGAAACCCUUUGCUCGAUCACUUCGUGUUGCUACUCUUUUGUGAAAGAUCGGAUGAAGCUGAUAGUGAAAAACCUGGUUAAAAGCCUCUCUUUUGCCAUUUCAAAAAUCGAGAAAAAAGGGAUUCCACUGGUCUCCACAAUUGAAGACCGAGAAAAGGCGUUACUCUCGGCAUCGGCAUCGGCAUCGGCAUCGGCAUCGGCAUCGGCAUCGGCAUCGGCAUCGGCAUCGGCAUCGGCAUCGGCAUCAGCAUCAGCAUCGGCUUUGGCAUCGAUUCCGUAUGCAGAAUCGCGGCACUUGGAGAUGUUGUCCUGCUUGAUUGAACGGCUGGCAGUUAUGAUCAGCAAUGUGGGUGCUGUUGAGGACAAGAACUCAAUUGUCACGAUUCUCAAUUGCAUGAAAAGCAGCAUUUUCCUCAAUACUGCAACCUCGAGACUGUCUUCCACAAUCCUUGGCAAUAGAUUGAAGCUUCUGAAGACCAUAGACUCCAUUGCUCCACAUUUAAGCUACUACAGCUCCAUUUUGGAGUAA